AUGACUGGAGCUGCCCUCAUGAUCCUGGCAGCCCUUGGAUUCUGCCACACAUUCACAGUUAUUGCUGGUCCUGAUUUGCAAAGAAAUGGACCUCUGACACAUGAAUCAGAAGAGACAGAAACUUUCAUGCCAGCCAUUUGCAGAGCAAUACCUUCUCCCCGGUCCUCAUCCCAGUCAGUUCAUGCUCUUACACCAGCUGACAUCGCAGUGCUUCACACUGUCGGGAUGCCUCUGUCCGAAAGGAAUGAAGCCUCCAGAGUUGUUAGUAGGCUGAGAGAGCUGUUAUCCAUGUUUAAUCCCAAUGUGGUCACUCAGCAUGAGGCUCAGACCUCAUUUAAUCAGAGGACUUCAAUACAAGAGGUUGAUGACCUUUCCUCCUCCAAUCAGGAAGUGACAGACUGGCAGUUAGUGCUGUUGUUUGUCCCUGCGGAUUUAAGAUGUGCCUGUUCACCAGAUGUUGAUGCAAAAGUUAAAACCACAGUUCAGGAGGUGGACACAGCUCUGAACAGGCUGCAGAAUCAGAUGCAUCGCACUUUAGUUCACGUGGUGGUCUGGAGUGGACACCAUCAGAAAGAUGAUUGUUCAUGUGCAAAACCAGGUAUAAACCCAGGACUACAUAAAGCAUUCCUGCUGAAAGCACUACAGGACUCUGUAGGUGAUCUUUUGAAAAAUCCUUCACGGUACAGCAGAGGUGAAGACUUCACAGUUGUCCUGCAGUCUUCUCCAGUUGUUCUUGAAUCCUACCCAUAUUCUGAAAUCUUAGACUCCCAUCUCGAUGAAUUGGCUUUGCAGCUGUGGACUGAUAUGCUCCAGCCGUCAACAGACCAGACUAAAAUGAAAAACAAUCUCAUCAAUGUUCCCUGUCCGACUGAGGAAAGGCCUUUCCUCCGAACAUCCAUAAACUCCCCCAUUGGAAAAGAGGAGGAGGUUGUCAGUAAAGCCUCUGCACCUAUAGAUCCUGUAACGGGUACUGAAGUGCUUUGCAAAGAUCGUACUCCAUCUCCUGUCACACCCUCAUCAGUUCAUAAAGUCAAACCAGGGGAUAUCAAGGUGGUCGCUGCUGUGGGCGACUCUCUGACUGCAGCCAAUGGUGCCGGUGCUAAAGAGGACAACCUAUUAUUGGUGACUUAUCAAUAUAGAGGACUGUCAUGGAGCAUUGGUGGAGAUGGAAACAUUACCACUGUGACAACUCUACCAAACAUCCUGAAGGAGUUUAACCCAAAGGUGACUGGAUUCUCAACGGGCAUCGGGAACCAGGACAGUUCAGGAGCCUUUCUAAAUCAAGCCGUAGCAGGAGCACAGAGUGUUGACAUGGUACCGCAAGUGCGCACUCUAGUGGCCAAAAUGAAAAAUGACUCGCGUAUUGAUUUCAACAAUGACUGGAAAGUGAUCACCAUGUUUAUUGGGGGCAAUGAUAUAUGUGCCUACUGCACAGACAGUGUCCUUUUUUCAGCUAGAAAUGUGGUUCUCCGUAUUAAGGAGGCACUGGACAUACUCCACGCAGAAGUGCCUCGUGCAAUUGUUAAUAUGGUGGAGAUGUUUAAUAUCAUACCCCUGCGGGAAUUGCACCAGGACACAUCUUUGGGUUGUCCCACCUGGAUGGUCAAUAUAAUUUGCCCCUGUGUGCUGAAGCCCCUUGAUGGAUCACAAGAGCUGCAGAAGCUCAGUGAUUUCAACAGAGCUUAUCAGCAUCAUAUGAGAGAGCUGAUUGACUCUGGACGGUAUGACAAACAUGACAACUUCAGCGUGAUACUGCAGCCCUUCUUUAGAGAGGUUAUUGUUCCCAGGUUAGAGGAUGGUCGGCCUGAUCGCUCUUAUUUCGCACCUGAUUGUUUUCACCUCAGCCAGAAAUCUCACACCCUCAUGGCUCGGUCGCUUUGGAACAACAUGUUCGAGCCAGUCGGCAAUAAGACCCACACACAAGACUUCCAAGGUGAUAUUAACCUGAAUUGUCCAUCAGAGAGUAUCCCAUUUAUUCGAACAGCAGCCAACAGCAACUACACCUUUCCAGGUCCUCCAGCAGUAGCUCCAAACAUCACUAACUGGGGCAAGGACUUCUCCUGUACUCCUAUGAGUCCAUCAAACUCUGUGCCCACCUCAGCUCACAGAGUACGUCCAGCAGACAUUAAGGUGGUCGGGGCUCUUGGAGACUCUCUAACAGCUGCUUUUGGUGCAAGGGCGACAAACCUGCUGGAGCUGCCUAUAGAAUACAGGGGUGUGUCAUGGAGUAUUGGAGGGGAUGACACUCUGGAGACUGUCACCACACUGCCCAAUAUCCUCAAGAAGUUCAAUCCUGGUAUCAAAGGGUUUUCAACGGGGACUGGGAAAGACAAUAUUGGCUUCAAUAUGGCCAUAUCUGGGGCUAAAGCAGGAGGGAUUCCAGGGCAGGUCAGAAGCCUGGUUGAUGCCAUGAAAAAUUCUGCGACCGUGGAUUUUCAGAAUGACUGGAAGCUUGUGACCCUCUUCAUCGGAGGCAACGACCUUUGUCAGUACUGCAACGACCGGGCUGCGCUUUCACAUACAAACUACGGCAAUUACUUGAGGACAAGCUUGGAUAUUCUGUACAAUGAGGUUCCCAGAACUAUCGUCAACGUCGUAGAAAUCCUGGAGGUUUCAGACCUUCGCAAAAUCAAUAAGGAUAGUAUUGGAUGCAGCCUGGUGCAAAAGCAGGUCUGCCCUUGCUUCCUGUUGCCUGGAGAGGAUUCACCAGAGCUGGCUGAGAUGAAAUGGAUCAAUCGCGAGCUGCAGACCGAGACUAUAAAUGUGGUGUAUGGAGGUCGUUAUGACGGCAGAGAGGACUUUGCUGCAGUUAUCCAGCCUUUUUUCAGAACCUCAGUUAUUCCAUUAAAUGCUGAUGGCCUGCCUGACACUAGCUUCUUCUCCGAGGACUGUUUCCACUUCAGUGAGCGAGGACAGGCUGACAUGGCAGCAGCUCUGUGGAAUAACAUGCUGGAGCCAGUUGGUAAAAAACAGACCUAUAACAACUUCACCAACGACAGAAAUAUCCUCAAGUGCCCCACUGAGGAGCAGCCUUAUAUCUUCACAAGCAUAAACAGUCUUCCCAAUUUGGAACCAACCUCAACCUCAGUGCCAACAAUGAGCAGCAGUACAGCAGAACCUUGCACCCCACAUUGUCCAGGCACUGUCAAAGGAUGGCUUGCUGCUGUGCUGACCAUCAUUGGCCUACUGGUUGGGUGUUGCGUCACCGGGGUCCUCUGUUUCUGCAAAAACAAGCGAAGCAAGAAGAAGAGGACAAGGGCUGCAGUUGAAAUGAACAGUUCUGCUCACAACACUUAUUCUAACUCAAACACUAGAGAACCCAGGCGGAGAAGCGAGGAUAGUGAGGGACAAAACAGCUCCUUUUGAAACUUGGUGGUCUCAGAAAUAAUGUAACUGUUUCCUUUUCAACAAGGUACCACAUCUCUGUCUGUUUUGAUUGGAAAAAUAUAUGUUUUACUUUAUUUUCUGUGUUCAGUAAUUUAACUGACUGAAUGAGAGCAAAUGCCCUUAAGCUUUGUUUAAACAUAUCAAAAACGAGGAACAGUUGCACAUUUUAUCCAUGCAUAAUCAGGUAAGGCAUAUUUAAAAGUUGUAGCUGGUCUAACAACUAACAUAUAUAGUCACAAACCACUGCAGAGAACAUGCAAAAUGUGCAAGGACGCAGACUACCUUUGCUGGUUGCACAUUACCUCCUGCCUCAUAUCUGUAACUCGGGUUUUUAUAUAAUGUAACAUAAAGUAAUAGAUAUAAUGUUCUGCUCAAAGCUGGACAGAAAAAAGUGUACAUAAUGUGUGGUUAUUGUGUGGCAU